AUGGGCAAAAAUGAACUGGCGGAGAAGGAGCCGGGCCCAGGGUCGGCGGCCGCUUCUGCUUCGACGCCUGCGCCGGAGGAGUGGGAGUCGUCGCUGGACGCAGAGGAAGCCGGCGACGGGUGGGAGGUGUCGGCGGGCCGGCUGCUGCUGGCCGACCAGCUGCUGGGCGAGGGCGCCUUCGGGCUGGUGCGCCGCGGCCUGCUGCGACAGCCCGGCCGGCCGCCGCUGCCCGUCGCCGUCAAGAUGCUCAGGGAUGACCCAUCGCCAGAGGACGUCCGCCAGUUCGAGCGCGAGAUCGAACUGAUGAAGUGCGUGGGCCGGCACCCGCACAUCGUGUCCAUGGUGGGCUGCGUCACCAACCCGACGCGCCUCAUCGUCGAGUACUGCGAACUCGGCGACUUGCUGCACUUCCUGCGCAGGGCCUGGGUAGCAGUGUCACAGAGAGAAUCCUGCUGUGACAAUAAAAUAAAAUACGCACAGCUUCUUGCAACUCCAGGUACUCCAGAUGGAUACUAUAAUCAGAAUGCAUGUAUUGCCCAUAACCACAUGUAUGACAUGCAAAAUGAACUAAGCUCAAAUGAAGCACAAGAAGAAGACAAUGAAGUUGCUCUGAAGCCCUCAGACCUACUGUCCUUUGCACGGCAGAUUGCAAUGGGUAUGGAAUAUCUUUCAUCAAAUCAUGUGGUACACCGAGAUUUAGCGGCUCGAAAUGUUCUUGUCUGCUCCAACCGUACUGUGAAGAUAUCUGACUUUGGACUAAGCCGUGAUAUUUAUGAGCAGAACAUCUAUCGCAAGACUGGAUCAGGUCGCCUACCAGUGAAGUGGAUGGCCAUUGAAUCACUUGUUCAUCAGAUAUAUACAUCACAGAGUGAUGUGUGGUCAUUUGGUGUACUUCUUUGGGAGAUAGUGACAUUGGGAGCAACACCGUAUCCUGGGACACCAACUGGACGUGUGCUUAGAUUGCUGUGUUCUGGCUAUCGCAUGGAGUGCCCACCAAACUGCAGUCAGGAACUGUAUGAAAUCAUGCUCUGUUGCUGGAAAAUGAAGCCCAAAGAUAGGCCAACAUUUACGUACCUACGGCAGCAGUUAGAUUCACUACUUGAGAAUGCUUCACCACAAGAGUAUUUGAACCUGGACUCCAUGAUGAACAUAGAGAACCUUCAAACAUCUACAUCUAGUACAGAGAGUCAUGACAGACAAAGUUUUACCGGUGAGAGCAUUCUAAAUGAAUUCCAAGAUCCUGAAAUUCCUAUUGAUUAUCUGGAACCAAUGUACACUGCUGGCUCUCUGCAAGCACAUUCUAUGCCAGCCGUUGGAGUUUAACAGAGACAAAAAUGUUAUACACUCCUGAAAGUAAUUGAAAGAGAGAUGCUGGAAGGUGACAUACACAAGAUAAUAUGGACCCCAGCCUUUGAGAAUUUUAUGCUCCAAGGAGAAGCAAUGGACUACACCUACUGUUUGCAUUAGCAGACUAUGAGCUUUCUUGUCUUCAAUCAUCCCAAAACGGAUACAUGUGUCUUGAGAGUGAAAUACUUACAUAGGAAAUUUGUAAUGUAAUAAUCCUGUAAAUACUGGGUUUACAGUAUAAAAUGCACAAAAAUACAACUUUGAAGGGGAAACAAUUACUGUGCAAGCAUUUUAUAAUGCAGUUAGUGCAUAAUUCAAUGAAAACUAUAUGCUGACAGGAUUUUUUCUUGAUUUAUAUCUAAAACUAACUUCUGUGUGCUGUCAGCAAAACUAAAGUUAUGACUGUCCAUGUGUAUUACUCUCAGUCGUUUGCUUGUAGCUUGCUUUUCUGAUACAAAUUGACAGUCAGAGGUGGGCAGAAAAGCAACAAGAGUGAACACAAUGAAGGACGUCCACAUACAGCAACUUAGCAUGGUACAUUAAUACCAAUGCUGUCAAUAUUAUUGCACAGUAAAAUUCAAAUGUACUUUAGUUUUUUAUGCAGUAAACAGGUUAAAAUAUAAAAAAGUAUUGUAGAAAAAUAUAUGUUGUUCUGUUCUUGGAACUGUAGAAACUGGUUAGCAAUCAAUAAACAACUUAGCAGUUUGGUAGGCAGAUAGUAAAAAUUUCCUGCUUUCACGUUUUACUCUCAAGUACAGCAAAUACUUUUCUGCAUUAUAAGUGUUCACUGCAAAAUAUAUUUAAUCGCACAUUACAUCAGUGACUAAGACUGCAAUUACUUGAUAAAUAUGUAUUAGUUUUUCUUUUAGCCAGAUACAAAGAAUAGAAAUUAAUUGUAAUCAAGUACAUACAUAAUCAACCAGUUCCAUUUGAAAUUUAACAACACAGCUCUCUGCAGUGUUGCACAAUCUGUAUCUGAAAUAACAAUCUGAUCACUGAAAACUGCCAAAUUCUUGUUUGCAAUAAAGCAGAACUAAAGUUUCAAUCAACUAGUGACACUAGUCCAUAAAAAAGGAUAUGAAGGAAAUAGCUACUGGAAAGCACUGCCCACAUAAACAGCAGAUACUAUAUUACAGAUUUGUGCAGAGUUCAAUCAUAAUUUGCUGUACACAGAGUUUGAAACCCACUUAGGUGUAGUUUUCAUAAGCACACUUAUCUACGUAAUCCUACAAAAAAGUUCUGAAAUUUUGCCUCACCUGGUCUGCAUACCAACAUAUGCAUUGCAAUUCAUGUUGCAUGUAUGUUUAUAUACCUCAAACAGAUGAAUCUCCAAAUAUUUUUCUUACUGCAACUAUCAAUUUGACUAGUGUGAAUGAUAAGGAACUGUAACCAAAAGGAAAAAAAGUACAGUAAAGCAGUGACGGAAGAGAGAUUGAGAGAGGUGCUGCAGUCUGAGGCACUGGACUUUUAUUUAAGAAGGGUGGGAUUCAUAUUCUUAUGGAUGGCAUAUUUAGAUUUGCAGAAGUUUCCCUAAAUUUGUUACAGCUAAUUCUAGAGUAGUUCUUUUGAAAAGCAUAUGGUCAGUUACCUCCCUACCUGGAAAAAUAUGAUCAAUGUUUUGACUAAUCUGAAAGAUUUUUCUCAGUUUCAGAUCAUUUUGAGGAAUUUCAUUAUUGUUCGCUUUAGCAAAGAGAUGUAAGAGGUUCAAUAGAUAAAAAUAAUCAGUCUAUAUUUAUAUUACACUUUUUUAAUUAUUUGUCAGUUGCAGUAUUUUAUUUUGUAUGGAUAGGUUCGAAACAGAUAAAAGUGGUAAAUAUUCCACAACACCACCUUUGGGUAGACUGUGAACUGUAUUUUCACCAGUGAUAACAAAAAGGGGCCAGAAUUUUGUGAACGUAUGAAACAAUGUGAUAAUUCUUAAAAUUUAUUCAGUACAAAACUAAUCUAAAAAUUAAAGAAGAAUGUAAAAAUAUAAAAAAGAUGUUUCUCAUUUUAUGUUAAUGAUAAUUCAUCUCUAUCUAAUUAUUCAUAUAAGUUAUAUGUGCUCCUGCCCAAGUUACUGUGGCUACUCAUAAGAUACCAAAAUAUUAGUUUAUGAAAUGUAACUUGCAGAAUUUGAUUUUCUUAGAAAUGAGAAUAAAUACAA